AAUUCAUUCAGAUCCCCCGAAACCAACCGAGACAAAUGCACGAAAUGCAGGCCAAGAAUAUGAGUGAGGACGAUCGCAGCUCUUUAACCGAAAUCAUCCACCGGUGAUGGCUGAACAGCGACCCUUGCGUCUGGGAUUCUGGGAACCUCGCUUCGGGAUGUGCCCCCACAUCCCGAGCUGAUCGUGGGCUGGCGCGAACUCCCCGACAUACGCAAUUCACCCCUCUAUGAUCAACCACCAGGAGAGCGUGAAACGAGUUCGAAUUGGAGUCAAAGCUGACCAGGAUGGCACCACGCAAGAGGCUAACCCCGAUACACUUCUUCUCGCAUGGCUCACCAAUGAUGCUCAUCGAGACCACCGAGUCAUCCGAAUAUUGGCGACGAUGUGGCGAGGAGGCGCUAGCAAGUAACAUCAAGGGGAUAAUCAUCAUGAGUGCGCACUGGACCAAUCAUACACCCAACACAAUCUCUAUCGCCACGAACCCAGAUCCUAAACUCCUCCCCAUCCCAUUCGUGCCCCCGACUACUCUCACGGAAUCCCCUUUGACCCCCGACCUCCCCACCGCCACCCGCUGCGCCCAUCUGCUCCGCACUGCCGGCAUAGCCAUUCACCAAGACUCAACCUACAACUGGAUCCACGACACCUACCAGAUCCUCCUUAAGAUGUUCCCCCCGCUCCUUAAGGGUGGUGACAGUGGUGCCAGCUGUCCCCCGGUCACCGUUCUCUCCACCAACGCACACUUCGACCCCUACUUCCAUCUGCGAAUCGGCAUCACCCUCCGCCCCCUGCGCCACGAAAACUAUCUAUUGAUCGGCACCGGAGGGGCGGUGCACAACCUCUACCGCAAUCGCUGGGGACCAAUGCUCCGGUACCAGGACACAUUGGCCAUGGAGACGCCACCGGAACCCUGGGCGUUGGAAUUUCGCACCGCGGUGGAGGACGCCUUGACCAAGACCUCCGGGCCGCGGCUACGGCGCGCAGUGACGCGGUUGAUGAAGCAUCCGUUGUAUCGAGAGGCGCACGCCACCGACGAGCAUUUCAUGCCGGCGGUGUUUGUGGCGGGCGCGGCGGGGGACUGGGAAGAUGAAGAUGCUCAGGCGGUAAUGGGUGCGGAAACGUGGGAAUUGACCAACAUGUGCAAUUCGCAGUUUACGGUUGGUUGUUGACGGGAUGUGUGCCUGGAGAGGCAGACAGAAAGGAAAAGAAUAAGGCGAUACAAGGAAUGAGAAGCUGUAUUUAGAGCAAGCCCUGAGAAUUGGUAUAAUUGGACUAGAAACUAG